CACCCCCCCACCCCCGAGUCCUCCCCAAUUCCAAGAUCCCUCGCCACGCUUCCCCGCUCCCAAUUCCCUCCCCAAUUCCAAGAUCCCUCGGCGCGCGGCUCGAUUCCGGAGCUACUAGGCAGCUAGCUAGGGUUUGCAGGCCCUCGCACCGAGCUGCGUGCGCGAUCUCGCCGUCCGUUCGGGGGGCUAGGGUUUGGAUUGGGUACAGCCCCAAAGCCAGCUCUGGAUUGAGAUUUGGGGGAGCGGCCGCGGUUCUGGAUCGAGCUGCCCCGUGUGCUGCGAGCGAUGGUGGUCACUGGAGGAGGGCUCCAGUGACGGUUGGUUUCGGUGGGACAAGGAGAAGCCCGCAGCCAUGGUGCGGCUUCUCGGGCUGCGGGGCCUCAGCUUCGGGCCUGAGGAGUCGCCGCGAGAGAUCACGGCCUCCGGCGGAGAUGCGGCGCCCCCUGUGGGGAGCAGCGGCUGGCUCGUCCGCUUCUUCGACUCGGCUUUCUUCUGCGAGUGGAUCGCCGUCAGCUACCUCUACAAGCACGACCACGCCGGCGUGCGCGACUACCUCUGCAACCGGAUGUACACGCUCCCGCUCUCGGGCCUCGAAGCCUACCUCUUCCAGGUCUGUUACAUGCUCGUGCACAAGCCCAGCCCCUCCCUCGAUCGCUUCGUCAUCGACACCUGUGCCAAGUCCCUGCGCAUCGCGCUCAAGGUGCAUUGGAUCCUCGCUGCUGAACUUGAGCUAGAGGAGACCGAGGAUCUGGAUGGGAUCGAUAAGGUGCAGGAGCAGUGCCAGGCUGCAGCCACCGUGCAGGGCGAGUGGCCACCGCUAGUCCGACCUGCGCCGCUAUCCCCUAUUGCCAGCCCACGUGGCAAUCCCAUGCUCAGCAGGAUACGCUCGUCGAAGCAGCGACUGAUGUCCCUUGCCUCGUCGCCCUCUCUUGGAUUGAGCCCCCCUCCAAGCGGCACCAAUGUGGCUGCUGCUGAGGACGCUGGAGUCAGCAAAGGGAAGCAGCCAGUAACACCAUCUUCGGAGGACAACAAGCUGCUUAGGCGAUUGAGCAUCGGGCCAAAGGCCUUCUUUAAGCGGUCUAUGGAGAAGGACGAGGAGCAGGAUAAGGAUGGGUUCUUUAAGAGGUUGCUUAGAGACAGCAAGGAUAAGGAGGAGGAUGAUGGAGACAAGGAAGGUUUUUUUAAAAGGUUGCUUAAGGAUAGCAAGGAGAAAGAGAAUGAUGAGGAAGAAGGGGAUAAAGAUGGUCUCUUCCGUAGGUUGCUUAGGGACAGCAAGGAGGAGGACAUGGAGCUCACACCUAGCUCGGACGGUUUGUUGAAGAGACUCUUCCGUGACAAGGAGGACAAACCGGGCGACGAUGAUGAGAAGGAAGGCUUUUUUCGCAGGAUAUUCAAGGAUAAGAAUGAGGAGAGGAGAGAAAUCAUGCAUGGACGGCAAGGGGAUGAGGAAAGAGUAGGUAAGAGUUUGGAGGAUGAUGAUAGGGAAGGGUUCUUCCGCAAGAUUUUCAAAGAUAAGAAUGAAGAGAGGAAAGAUGGAAGCAGUCAUAAGCAAAAUGAUGAUAGAGAAAAGGCCGGUGUGAACACCGAAGAGGACAAGAAGGACGGUUUUUUCCGGCAACUUUUCAAGGAGAAAAAUGAUGAGAAAAAGGAAGGGAUCACUCCUAGCAAAAAGGAGGACGAUGGCAAAGGCAAUAAGAGCAUAGAUGACGAUAAUUUCUUUCGCAGAAUUUUCAAGGAUAAGAAUGAAGAAAAGAAAGGAGCUGCCCAUGACAGGAACGAGGAUGAGAAAUGUGAGGAAGGUGAUAAGGAAAAUUUCUUCAGGAAACUAUUCAAGGACAAACAUGAAGACAGGAGAAUCGAAGGGCUUGAUAAAAAUGAUGAUGAUGGUAAGAGCACCAGUGGUAUUGAGGAGGAGGAAAAUUCAGAGUUCUUGUCAUUCCGCAGGUUGUUUCGAGUGCACCCAGAGGACGCUAAGAGUGGGCAUAUAGAAGGUAGUCAGCCUAACGGUAUUUCUGAGGGUAGCCCAGGAUCAGAGAGCUUUUUUAAGCGUUUAUUCCGUGAUAGAGAAGAUUCUGAGAUUUUUGGCUCAAAGUUAUUGAAAGAGAAACACCCUGAUUCUGCAGGAAACAGCGAGAAACAAAGUGGAAAACCACCUUUACCAAAUAAUAUACUAGCAGAACUUCGGAAAGGCUCUUACUAUGCUUCAUUGGAGCUUGUUCAAUCAUUAUGUGAUACAUCUUAUGGUCUCGUAGACAUAUUUCCUGUGGAAGAUCGCAAGAUUGCCUUGCGAGAGUCUCUUACAGAGAUCAAUUCACAUAUUGCUUCCAGCGAGAAAAAUGGAGGCGUAUGCUUUCCAAUGGGAAGGGGCAUAUAUCGAGUGGUUCAUAUACCUGAAGAUGAGUCUGUUCUUCUAAACUCCAGGGAGAAAGCUCCUUAUCUUAUAUGUGUUGAAGUUUUGAAAGCAGAAACACCAAGUCACUCCAAAGGGCCCUCAGAUGUGAACAAACUAUCCAAAGGCGGGAUACCGUUGGCUAAUGGAGAUGUUCAGCUGCCAAAGCCACCUCCGUGGGCAUAUCCUUUGUGGAGUCGACAUGAACCACAAAAUUAUGAAACAGACAGAAUGCUGAACUCUACCUCUCAGGUUAUUGACCAAGCCAUGGCUCAACUAUGGGAGGCCAAAGUGAAAUUUGUAAAUGUUAGUUUCUCUAUUGAGAAAAUUGGCCGUUCUAGAAGCAUCGCAAUGUCUGAAUCGGGGCGUAGGAUACGGCAACCUACGAUGGAGUCACAUAAUCUAUCAGAAGAUUCCCAAGCUGUUGUUGAUCAGCCUAUUGAGUGGGUAAAGGUCACGCUUUCUGCGGUUCCAGGAGUUAACAUGGAAGAUGUAGAUGACAAUGAGCCGACACGGAAGAAGGACCAUCGCCGUGUUCCAAGCACUAUUGCAAUGGAGGAAGUCAAGGCUGCAGCAUUAAAAGGAGAAGCCCCACCUGGUCUUCCACUGAAAGGAGUUGGUCAAAGCACUCAAAAUUUGGAUCCUAAGGCACCUGAUGACGGAGAUCCUAAACCGACUGAUGCUUUGGCUGGUGAACUUUGGACUGUCAAGAAAGAGAGAAUACGCCGUUCUUCAGUUCAUGGAAAAUUACCUGGCUGGGAUUUGCGUUCUAUAAUUGUCAAAAGUGGGGAUGAUUGCCGACAGGAGCACUUAGCCGUACAGCUUGUCGCACACUUUUAUGAUAUAUACCAAGAAGCUGGCUUGCCACUCUGGUUACGGCCUUAUGAAGUUAUCGUCACGUCUGCAUAUGCAGCCCUAAUUGAGACUAUUCCUGAUACGGCAUCAAUUCAUUCCAUCAAGAGUAGGUUUCCCAAUAUAUUAAGUCUCCGUGACUACUAUGUAGCCAAGUAUGAAGAGAAUUCUCCAAAUUUCAAACUUGCACAGAGGAACUUUGUGGAAAGCAUGGCAGGAUAUUCAAUUCUGAGCUACCUACUGCAGGUCAAGGAUCGUCAUAAUGGGAAUCUGUUGAUAGACGAGGAGGGACAUAUUAUUCAUAUUGAUUUUGGUUUCAUGCUUUCCAACUCUCCUGGAGGGGUAAAUUUUGAGAGUGCACCAUUUAAGCUGACGAGGGAGCUCCUUGAAGUGAUGGAUUCUGAUGCUGAGGGAACUCCCAGCGAGUUCUUCGACUAUUUCAAGGUGCUAUGCAUUCAAGGGUUUCUUACUUGUCGGAAGCAUGCAGAGCGUGUUAUACUUCUUGUGGAAAUGUUGCAGGAUUCUGGUUUCCCAUGCUUUAAAGGUGGUAAUCGCACUAUUCUGAACUUGAGGAAGAGGUUCCACUUGAGUCUCACUGAAGAGCAAUGUGUAUCACUGGUGCUCUCAUUGAUCAGUAGCAGCAUGGAUGCCUGGCGUACUCGGCAGUAUGAUUACUACCAGAGAGUAUUGAAUGGGAUUUUAUGAUGUACUCCAGGGGCGCUUAGCACUUGUCUCGUUCAGAAACCAAUUUGCUCAUAUCCUCAGAGCAAAUCUUUGGAACAAACAGAUCAGUUUGGGGCUGAUCUAGCCUGCUGCUAUUCCCACCAUGAUUGGCAUGAGUGGAACCAGGUAAUGGAGCAACGUGUUUUGCAUCUUGCAUGCCGGAGUCUCCCGUGGAACCCAAGCGGUGCGUGCAUUGUGCUCGUGUAUUAUUUCACACCAUAUGGAGAUGGUUGAGAAAGUGUAUAGUCAUCGGCAGUUAGCUAGUUAGGGCUUCACACUAGGAGGUUUGCUACUGGUGAAGCUGUUAAGCGUAUUGGAAUUUGGAACCCGAGCUGGCGGUGCUGUACAGGCAGUAGAUUUGCUUAGCUUGGGCAGGGGUUUAGGGGAGGACCGAGCCAUACAUGAAGUGAACAAGUGUAAAUUAAGGACGCAUGGAAGCUGGGAGUCACCUGGGGCAGCAGCAAGGGUUGUGUUUGAGCGAUUCUGUGACAUCCCAAUAUAGCAUCGAACUAGACGAUGGCAAUGUGCAUUGUAAAUUACCAUUACUGUACAGGGCCCAUACAAUAGGAGCUCAUUGUCCCGUUUUUUCAGACUUUCGUUUUAUUCACCAAUAGUACUAGAGUUGGCGCCAGAAGUUGCACGUAAGUGAUGCUUAGUGGAAGGAGCAGUUCAUCUUGAAA